AUGGCGGAGAAUGGUCCCAAGUCCAUAUUGUUUGUGUGUCUGGGUAACAUUUGCCAGUCAUCCAUCACAGAAGCAGUCUUCAGAAAACUUGUAACUGAUCAAAACAAUUUAGAUAACUGGACCAUUGACAGCGGUGUUGUUUCCAACUGGAACGUGGGCCAUGCCCCGGACCCAAGAGCUGUGAACUACCUAGGAAAUUAUGGCAUGAGCACAGCCCAUAAGGCAAGACAGCUGACCAAAGAAGAUUUGACCACAUUCAACUAUAUGUUGUGUAUGGAUGAAAGCAAUCUGAGAGAUUUGAAUAGAAAAAUUAAUCAAGUUAAAAACUGCAAAGCUAAAAUUGAACUACUUGGAAGCUAUGAUCCACAGAAACAACUCAUUAUUAAAGAUCCCUAUUAUGGGAACGAUGCUGACUUUGGAGUGGUGUACCAGCAGUGUCUCAGGUGCUGCAAAGCCUUCCUGGAGAAGGCCUACUAGGACCACAGUGACCGCCACCAGCUGGGGACUCGCCUUAUCCAUGUUCUGCAUCCUCAUCCUGU